GGUUUUUUUCCUUGGGGAGGUGGUUGGGAAUUGGAAGGGGGCAAGGAAUAGGGUGUGGUGCCCUACCCCACCUCAAAGAGGAGGGAGAUGGGGGUCCUGUCCUUGGGGCUAUGGAUAGGGUAGCUAGCAGUAGGAGUGAUAUGUGGGAAGGGGAGAGAUCUGUAGAGGCCGGGAGGUGAUUGGGGGAUGUCAGUCAUUUGGGGUGGAAUUUAUACCGCAUCCUAGAAUGGGAAGGGGUCAUUGAGGUCAUGGAGUCCACCCCUCCUGUUCAGUGCAGAAAACCAAGUUAAAGCACCCCCAAGGGAUGGCUAAGUUGCCCCUGCUUGAGCACUUUCAGCAAAAAGGAGCCCCCCACUCCUCUGGCCAUAUGCUGGAGGAAGGAAAGGGGUGGCAGAUUUGGGGUGAAGAGAAAGGGGCUUGGGGAGACCGGGGUGACCAAGGUAGGAUGGGUGGGGCCGAAGAGGGGGCUGGGGUUGAGGUGGGGAAAGAUGGGAAGGGCCAGAAGCUGCAAGGUAGAGUUUAUGUGGACAAAUGGCUUUGAAAAGCCUAUUUUCUAUUUUGUGGCUGUUGGUGGAACUGGGCUCAGGGCAAGGUGGGUGAGGAUUGUGCACAAUAGGAUGAAAGGGUAGUUGUCCGGAGAUCAGGCGAGGCACAGUUGAAAAUGCCCUGGCUUUCCCAAAUAAAAGUCUGCAAAUGCAGGCUUCAGAUACACUGUGGGGCUGCUGAUCUUUCUGUACAGUACUGCAGAACUAAACUGAAGAGGCUAUGGACCAUUUUUGCUUAAUGCACCGAUGGGCAAAGUUUAAGUGUGCCCUACUCACAGUAUGUUAGUUAGGGGAUGGCUCUCUUGGGAACUCCAGCUCAGGGAGAACUUGGCCCACAAAAAUUCCAAGGGCUUUGGGCUGUGGCUGCCCUGUUCAUUUGCAGCCAAUGAUCAAGCACCAGAAUAGUUGGUGCCAGUCUGCGCUGGGUUGUUUGAGGUUGAUUCUCUGCUUUUUUGCAGGGAGGGGCUUUUUUGUGGUCUGACUGUGUUAUUUGAUCUGUACAGAACUAUUGAAUAAAGAGUUGUUCCUGACUUAUAGUUAGGAAAUGAUUUCUGUGUGCAGUCUUUUAACAAGGUGAAUUUAUUUCAAUAAGUUUGCAGUAUCAUGUGUUUCCUCAACAUGUACACACAUUAACGGGUUGCUACAAUGCUUAAAUCAUAUCUGUUUGCUACUGCUAAAUAGAGCCUUUGUACUACCUAAGAAUGGAAUUCAAAAUCCUGGCCAUGCGUACAAUGCAGUUCAUGUCGCUUUUGCACAACGGAGCUGAUGCCUGCUAAGAGUAAGGGGAGCAAUUGUAAAAUGAAAGGUUUCUGUUUAAAACUCUUUUUAUGUAUGUAAAGAUACUAAACAGAAUAUUUUCCUUGAAGAUGAAUUGCAAAGAACUUUACAGAAUCAAAGGCUAGUACUUACAUGACAAAGUAAUGUUUUUCCAGAAUAUGGAAAGUUUUAAAACCAGUGCUGUUGGCUUGGUCUAAAUAUUCAUUUUUGCAUCAUUAGGACAAUAAUAUGUUCACCUCUCAUACUUAAACUGACUUUGAAAGUUAUAUUUUUGUUCUUGCUUUGAUUUUUUUUCCUAUAGAAAAACAGCUUUUGAUAAAAGGCCACGGAUUUGGUGUUAAGGACUAACAAGAGUAAACCUUAAUACAGUUGUAAAACAUUCAGAUACCUAGUCAGGUAAUGAAACGCUUGCAGUCAAACAACCAAGCUCAGAGAGCACCAAUGACUCUACAUUCAGAUACAGUUUAAACUACGUUAUAUAGAAAUUAUGUAAUAUAACUACAAUUGUUAAAGGACCCACUUUUGUUCCAAGCUGUAUGACCUGUGCACUGGAAUCUGUGAGUGUGCAGAUUUUCAGCAUCAUUCUCUAUAGUAUAAUUUAUGUAAAUCUUAACUUGGGGGGGGUGUGAAACAUGGUAGAAUAAAGAUAGAUGAAAGAUCGAGAAUGGAAUCCAGUCAAGCGAGGCUUUUCUUGUUUGUGUUUUCAUAUGUCAGGUUUGUGCUGGCUGUGGGCAGCGCGGUCUUUGAUGCAAUGUUCAAUGGCGGGAUGGCUACAACCUCCACAGAGAUAGAACUACCUGAUGUAGAGCCUGCUGCUUUCUUAGCUCUGCUGAAGUUUCUUUAUUCAGAUGAAGUUCAGAUUGGGCCAGAGACUGUGAUGACGACUCUUUACACUGCAAAGAAAUACGCAGUCCCUGCCCUCGAGGCUCACUGUGUGGAGUUUCUGAAGAAGAACCUCAGGGCAGAUAAUGCAUUCAUGCUUUUAACCCAGGCGAGACUCUUCGAUGAGCCCCAGCUGGCGAGCCUUUGUCUGGAAAACAUAGAUAAAAAUACCUCUGAUGCCAUCAAUGCAGAAGGCUUCACUGAUAUUGACCUAGACACAUUGGUCGCAGUUUUGGAGCGAGACAGCCUUGGCAUCCGGGAGGUGCGCCUCUUCAAUGCAGUGGUCCGGUGGGCAGAGGCUGAGUGCCAGCGGCAACAGUUGCAGGUGAUACCAGAGAACAAGCGGAAAGCUUUGGGCAAAGCACUUUCCCUCAUUCGCUUCCCCUUGAUGACAAUUGAAGAAUUUGCUGCAGGGCCAGCUCAGUCGGGGAUCCUCACUGACCGUGAGGUGGUUAGCCUGUUCCUUCAUUUCACUGUCAACCCCAAGCCACGCGUAGAGUUCAUUGACCGCCCUCGCUGCUGCCUGAGAGGGAAGGAGUGCAGUAUCAACCGUUUCCAGCAGGUGGAAAGCCGCUGGGGAUACAGUGGGACCAGUGACCGGAUCAGGUUCUCUGUCAACAAGCGGAUAUUUAUAGUUGGAUUUGGGUUGUAUGGCUCGAUCCAUGGCCCCACAGAUUAUCAAGUAAAUAUACAGAUAAUUCACACAGACAGCAACACAGUCCUGGGCCAAAAUGAUACUGGGUUUAGCUGCGAUGGAUCCUCCAAUACUUUCCGGGUGAUGUUUAAAGAGCCUGUUGAGAUCCUGCCCACUGUCAGUUACACAGCCUGUGCAACACUGAAGGGACCCGACUCUCACUAUGGAACCAAAGGGUUGCGGAAGGUGGUCCAUGAGUCACCAACAACAGGGACAAAGACCUGUUUUACUUUCUGUUAUGCUGCUGGGAACAACAACGGCACCUCAGUGGAAGAUGGACAGAUCCCAGAGAUCAUCUUCUACACAUAGCUGCUGCUGCUGGAAAUUCGCCACCAGACAGGCUCGGCACUCCCCUCCUGCCCCCUCCACAUGCCCUUCGAAGCCGAGAUCGCCAGCUUGUUUUCUGCUAUAGUAAUAGGAUGGACUCCGGUCAGCAGACUCAGGGCAAGCACUCCCAGAUUGCAUGUACUGUACAUGGCUGGUGUGGGAUAUGAUGUUCACAAUCAGAAGCAUGUCGGCCUUGCUUGCCAGGCUGAGGCGGGGCUGGCAAUCCCUUCUGUAUGUGUGGGCAAACUGGCUGGGUGAUUUUGUUGCACUGAAUGUAGCUGCUUUUCCAUCUAGCCAUUCUCAUGGAGGCAUGCUUACUCUUACGAGAAGUGAGCCCCCACCAAAGAGACCCCCCUCCCCACAUUUCUGGCAGGUAGGAGGCUAGCAUGGGGGGUGGAGAAGGCGGCUUAGAUGGUAGUUUGGUAAAUAGCAGCAGCGUGGCAGGGCUUUAUUCAAAAUGCACUUGUCCCCUCCCAGUUAUCUAGCAGGACAAAUGGUUAUUCUCUUUGGGGUAAUUGUGUACAGAGUCUGAAGGCAGGGGCGAACAUUUUGCACGACAGGCAGCAUUUCAAGACAAUCCUUGACAUGGAGUAAAUAGCAGAGCUAAACACAGGCCACUCAACUGACCUCCCAGUGUGUGUUUGCUAGCUUUCAGGGGCAAGUAAAAUAGCCCUUAAGGCAUCCGUUACUGACCUGGUGUCUUCCUGAUAUGUUGGAUUGAAACCCCUAUCAUGUCCAGACAAUACAGGCAGCCCUGCUUGGUGAGGAUGAUGCAGGUUGAAGGCUACUACUUCUGGAGGGCAAUAUUGGGAAAGGAAAGGCUGUCUUAAGAUCUCCCUUAGAUGGCUUUUCCUACUUGGGUGAGGUUGCUGAACAGUCAGGAAAAGGUUGUGGAUUUCCUUUGGGACAGCCUUGGCCAUGAGGCACUUCAUGACCAUGUGUACUUGAUCAUUGUAGUAAGAGAAGCAUCUGAAAUUUCUGGACUUCUAUCCUCAGAAGGUUUCUGCUGCUGCUAAUAUAGUGCAACUUAACAAUGCAUUUUGAUUCUUGUUACCUUAGUGACAGGCUGGUGCUGUGGUUAGUUUGUGUGUGUGUGUGUGUGUGUGUGUUUUCCCCCUAAACAGGGAGUGAGCUCACUGUGUCUUAAGCCAUUUUUUGCAGGAAUCUAAUUCAGAAAGAAGGGUUUCAGGAAUAUUUUUGGUGGGGGGGAAAUGCCCCUUUAUGUUCACCGAUUCUUAAGCUAGAACAUGAUUCUCUUGGAGUGGGCAGAAAAAGCAUGCCUUGCUACCAUUGUUCCAGUGGUACCGAAGAUGCAUUCAGGAUAGCCCUAGGCAACAUCAGCUGUUUGGCAGAACUGCUUCCCCAGCUGUCCUGUGUUCCUACUUGUAAGCCUCAGCUGUCAGUGUGCCAUCGAUGCUACAUACCUACAUUUGUUACUUUGGGGAAAUUGCAGUAUGAAGCAAUCAAACCUAGAAAGUAUUUGAAGGGGUUGUCCAAAACCUUUAUUCUGGCAAUAAGGGUUCCCCCCCACCCCAAAAAUGGGGUGGGGUGGGCUAGUGGGUCAGCUUUUCCUUCUGGUUGGAGGGCAAAACUAAAUCCUCCUGUGAUGAUCUACAAAUUCAUUUAUCCAUUGUUACUGCAAAAUUGUCAACAUCCAUGAGUAAUUGUUUUGGUCAAGGAUGUUGUGUGAUUAUUUGCACCCAAACCAUAUUCCAAACCAUAUACAUGCCCUUCUCCAGAGUAAGUAAUCAGCAAGAAAACAGUUCAAUUCUCUGAGAAAUAGUUCCUCAUAUUAGAGAUCUGUGUAAUUCAUCUAAUACUCAGAUGUGUUGCGAUAUGUUUGUUUCUCAGAUGUCCAGACUGCAAGGAAAUGAUCCUUACUUGCUUUCUCCAACCUGGUGCCUUCUUGAGGUGCUGGACUUCAACUUCUAUCAUUCUCCAGCCAGCAAUCAGGCCAUUACUUUGGGAAGACUGCUUUCCAACAGGACACAUUGGAUUUGUCCUGAUGGCACUAAGGCCAUGUUGGUGCUCCACAGUUGAAUCCACCUUCCUCUGGUUCUUGCUAGCAGAAUAUUUGACCACAAAAAGUCUGCAACCGGGGCAAAAUCUUUAAUGAGGAAAAAGGGUUGCCCUGGUUUUCCGUCUGCCACUGUCAGUAGGUGCAUUUCCCUUUGAAACUGCUUGUGUUGGGAAGUACGGAUUUUUCCGCAGAGGUCCUUGAGGCUUAUUAUGUCAUUCAAGUCUGUUGAGUGUCUCCCUGUAUAUUGUCACUCACUAUGUAAUACAUGUGUGUACAUUUCUAUUAUGGCCAGUAUGAAGAAUGGAACCAUUCUUCAUUUACUAGCUCCCCAUCAGCAGAGUGGAGAAAAUACGCGCCUCAGUGGUUUUUAUCAAAAGGCUUAUUCAGUAUCCAUAUAUUAGUUUGUAGGGCUAUAAACUUUAUAGCUUGCUUUCCUGCUAGACCAAAAGGAUUCUCAACAUCCCCUUAUCUCCUCCUCCACCCUUCAUUUUUCAGAGACAUGUUCUCUCAGCAAUGUGCUAAUCUGUUUUUCUGUAGAUAGACAAAAAAUAAUCAUUGACUACUUUUUUUAAGCCUACUUAAAAAAAUAGCUUAAAAAUAGUUUGUAAUUAUGAUUGCAGGCUACUUUAAGUUGGAUGACUGAAAGCGCUUCUGUGCAGUCAUCCUUUGAAAUCCCUUUGGGAAGUGGGUCUCUGUGUAUCAAAUCUGAUGUUUAUUAAAAUGUCACCAACUGAAGGGAAAGUUCAGUUUAAAUUCUUGGAGCUUGAUGCAGAUUCUACCAUUUGCAAAUUAAUCUUGGUGAUACCAAGAGACAAACUUCCAAUAGUGUCACCAACUGCUCAUGCCAUGCUAUACAAUAAUAAAUGUAUCAGAAACUGUAUUAUUCAGUGUUUCACCACCUCUCCUUCCUUCCUCCCUAUUUGUAAAUAGCAAAUGAAUAAAGGCAGCAAAAUUGUCUUUAAGCAGGCUUUUUUUUGUGUGACAUGAGAGAAUGGGCAUCCAUGGCUAAGUUUAAAUUGCAGAAGGCAGAAUAUGUUUUGUGUGCAAGAGAGCCCUGGUUGAAGCCUAGACGUUUGCAAAAAGGCAAAUGGGAAAGCAGAAGAAUUGUUGACAGAUAGCACGGACAGUGCUCAGCGCGAUGGACCAAGAAUCUGACGUUGAAUAGAAUGGCUGCUUCUCUUCUUGAAACUAUUUUUGACUCAGUAGAUUGGAAUUCAGACACCUGGUAUCUACUUCUGUGAAGCUCAGCCACUGGACUGUUUUGAUUUCCAGAUUUUCUUGAUUUUGUAAGAUACGUAGAAAACCAUUGUUAAGAGGAGGGGGGGUUUGUUGUAAGUGACCACUGGUUUCCCCAGUCUGAGUUCAGGGAUGGUAAUUUUUGGCAAGGAAUACUGGUAAGGAGAGAUGCACCCUCUGGCACGUAGGUAUAUGUUAAAACCUAUACCACUCAAACAAUAUUCUUACCAAAGAAUAGCAAACGUGUUGGAGCAGAAACAACUGGCAACUCUGUCAGAUGAUCCUACGGGGUUUCAUUUGGGAAGCACAAUCACAAAUGUGUGAACAAGCAUCAAAUUAUAAGGAUGCACUACCUCCAUUGACAUGUUCUGGAACAACAUGGUGUUAGGCUAAAAUGGGAUUCAGUCAUUAUACAAGCCACCGCAUUGCGGGAUAAGAUGGUUUAUUUGCUUGGGUAUAGCAUGUUAACUGAGCACAGAAAUUGGUUUUUUUGUUAAGCUGAGUUUAAGGUUAAACAUUUGGGUGAGUCCAACCUGGGUGUAACAGAGUAGUUAUUCGUGGGUGGGUGGGUUGUACACUCAUGGGUAGUGAGUAGGAAGGAAGGAAUUGAAUCUUCAUUUUUGAAUACUGGGGGAUUAGGGGAAAGUGGGAGAUGCUCAUGGGCUGGAUCUCAUGCCACGCUCACAGGCUUCCUGGAAGCAUCCGUUUAAGGGAAGGAUUCUAGAGACACAAUACUUUCUUCCUGUAUCAUUACAGCACUGCUUUUCCAAAAUAAAGUCACUGGAAGCUACUUUACUUCCACUCUUCCUCUUAAGACAAAACAUCUGUACUUCAAACCAAAACACAAGGAAACAUUUUUGCAGAAUUUAUUUUUUAAGGUUUUUUAAUUUUUGGUUUUUCAGGUUUUUUUUUCCUUUUUUAUUAUUUUUUUUUAAAAAGCCCUAACUUCUAUGGCUUCAAAGAAGCUUCAAGAGAAACUUAUACACCAUAUCCUGUGUACACUUUUUUUUUUAAAGCAGUAACUAAACUUGCAAUGCCACAGUCUCUCUUCUGCUUUGGAGCUACACCAGUACAAAUUUCAUUUCUAUUCAGACUUGAAAUAACCUUUUUCUUUUGUUACACAAUUAAAAAAACAAAACAACCACACAAUUAAGUCUGCAAGAUUCAUUUCAAUGCAAAUCAGACAGCAUGGGCCAAAACUUACACCUGAUAAGACCAGAGAGCUGGCAGGGCCAACUACAUCCCUCACUGAUGUGUUUUUGUUUUCUGUCACUUUAGUUGUCCCUUAAAACUUUGUCACAUUUAAAAAAAAA